AGGUCACUCCCUCCCUCCGCUCUGUCAGCAGCCCUGCGCGGUUCAAACUUCCACUCACUCCUCCUCCUGCCUCCGUCCCGUUUUCUCCUCUCUCCGCUCCCCGGACUUUACUUGUUUUUUUAAAGUUAAACACGGUAGACAAGCUAGUUGUGUGUGUGUUUUUUUUAUAGCAGCGUGUAGUCACAGGAGCGUGAGCAGCGGGAGGAGACGCCGUGUUUUCCCCGCUCGCAGCUGAGGAGCCGCGGGGGGAAAUGUCCAGCUGAGAGCCGGAGAAAGCGCAGGGCCUGUGUCUGUAAUGAUUGAUCAAAGCUCGGAUAAUGGCGCUAAAGGGACAUGUUGUAUAUGACUUCACCGCUGAGCCAGGAAACAACGAACUGUCAGUGAAAGAAGGAGAGACGGUCACGAUCACCAAUCAGCAUAUCGGAGGCGGUUGGAUUGAAGCACAGAACUCCAAAGGGGAGGUGGGACUGGUGCCAGAGGACUACAUCGAGAUUGGUAAACCGAACCCAGGAGCAGGAACCGCUGCACCUACUCAAAGUGUAGGAAAUGUUGCACCCCCAGACCUGACCUUCUUUGAUACCUAUGCUCCCGCAUCAACACCUGCACAGAACCAGGUGGAUGCUGGGGGCUUGAGUCCCCAGCCGGACACCCCUGACACCCCAGUUUCCCCUUAUCUCUCGUCCCCUGAUGAGGCGAGUAACGGUAAUGAUCCGUGGUCGGUGUGGAACGCGGACCCCUCAGGGGGCUCCAACAACAACUGGGCGGCAAAUCCAGAGGGCACCCAGACUGGGAAGAAUGCUGCCGACCCCUGGGGCUCCGUACCACAGGGUCACCCUCAGGCUUACCAGGGCCCCGACAUCUACCCAUAUCCUUACCUUAUCGAUUGCACAGGAGCGGAGGAUGAUGAGUGGGAUGACGAGUGGGAUGACGUGAAGUCCAGCGGAGGAUACUCCGAGUCAGACCCUGGAGAUGGUGGAGCCAUGCAGAGAGGUGGAGCUCACGCCACUUCAAUGAAAAUCUCCCUCAACAAGUUCCCAGGGUUCUCCAAGUCGGGGCCGGAGCUCUACCUUCUGUGCAAACAGCCCGCUAAGGGCAAAGAAAAGCUAACAAUCUAUAUGGGAGAAGUUGGUCCUGUGUGGUCAUACCCAGAGGCUCAGCUCGACUGUGUUGUGGCUGAUCCCAAGAAAGGCUCAAAGCUGUACGGCCUCAAGAGCUACAUCGAGUACCAAGUCACAGCCAGUACCACAAACCGAACAGUCAAUCACAGAUACAAGCACUUUGAUUGGCUGUACGAGCGGCUUCUCGACAAAUUUGGGUCCGCCAUCCCCAUCCCCUCUUUACCGGACAAGCAGGUAACAGGUCGUUUUGAGGAGGAGUUUAUUAAGAUGCGUAUGGAGCGGUUGCAGGGCUGGAUGACCAGGAUGUGCAGACACCCCAUUCUUUCCAGUAGUGAUGUUUUCCAGCUUUUCCUCACCUACAAGGAUGAGAAGGACUGGAAGACGGGGAAAAGAAAAGCAGAGAAGGACGAGACGGUGGGAGUGAUGAUCUUCACCACGAUAGAGCCUGAAGCUGCAGACCUGGAUCCUGUAGAAGUGGAGCAGAAGUGUGAGCAGUUCAGCAGGUUUACUAAAGCCAUGGACGACGGCGUGAAGGAAAUCCUCACAGUGGGAAACGAGCACUGGAAGAGGUGCACAGGCCCUCUGCCAAAAGAGUACCAGCGAAUCGGCAAAGCCUUUCAAAACCUCUCCUCAGUCUUCACCAGCAGUGGAUACCAAGGUGAGUCAACCCUGACUGACGCCAUGACCGCAGCAGGGAAGACGUACGAGGAGAUCGCUCAGAUGGUUGCAGAGCAGCCGAGGAAAGACCUCCACUUCCUCAUGGAGACCAACAAUGAAUAUAAGGGUCUUCUUGGAUGUUUCCCAGACACCAUUGGAGUCCAUAAGGCAGCCAUAGACAAAGUGAAGGAGGGCGACAAGCUGGUGGCCACCAGUAAAAUUACUCCUCAGGAGAAAGUGACCAUGGCGAAGCGAGUCAGCACCAUGUCUUACGCUUUACAAGCUGAGAUGAACCACUUCCAUAGCAACCGGAUCUAUGACUACAACAGGGUCAUGCAGUUGUACCUGGAGGAGCAAGUCAAGUUUUACGAGACGAUUGCUGCAAAGCUGAGAGAGGCACACGGUCAGUUCACUACGAUGUGAGAGCCUUCACCGUCGCACUACAAGACAAGAGUAAAACCCCAGCUCGACAAACCGAAAUAUAUUUACUUAUUCUGCAUUCAUUUGCCUCUUUCCUUUUUAAUUUAAAUGUCACUUCUCUCUAUUUGUUAUGCUCUCACCUUAAUCGUCUCCUUCUGUACGGACCCAGCUCACGGUGUAACAUUUGUCAGCUAAGAAGUUUCUGAACAGUUUCUGAACAUAACGCUGCAAACGCUGGCACUUGUGUGCGCUUUCAUUUUUUGUGGAUCAGAAAUGAGAGCAGAAUGAGAAACACUAUUUACCCCCAUCCUUUCCUCUGCCCAAGGUCCAGAGCUUGGGAUACAGGAAGCACACAUCUGAGUUACAGUUAUUGUCUGUGAAUUGUCUUCAUUGCAUGAGUCACACAUGAGGGUUUCCUCAUUCGAUUCAAGUUUUAAGUAAACUCCGUUUGUCAAUCUUGAUUCCAUGAAAAACAAAAGGUAAAGAUGCACAUGUAGCAAAACCGUUACCUGCAGGAUUUUGUGGUGAUGUAGUAAAAAUAAAAACCAAAGCCUUUCUCCCUCUUGUCACAAGGGGGGAGCUGAUUUUUUUUAAAGGUAGGCUUGACGGCAUAUCACAGCUUCAGUGCCCUUUUCCUUCGUUUAUGCAAAUGUUGUUUGACAUUGUUAGAAGCAGUGGAGCUUUCCUUAAAAGUCCUGGAUGAGUUGGCGAAGGCAGAGUCUCUUCUGUAUGUCCAAGUUCUAUUUCACCCUGCACUUCCUCAAAAAAGCCAACAGGAAGCUCCACCUCCUUCCUGUCUUGCUCACGUGCCUUACCCCCUUUGAGGAAGAUAGAAUAAGCUUGAAUUGAUAAACCCCUUACACUUUGCCCCCCCCCCCCCCCAGCCUCUGAACUAUGAUACUGCAGUUUACAUUUCAGGAUAGAAGACAAAACAUGCAAUAACGACUCUCAGGUUGGGGAUGAUUAUUUUAAGCAUUUUACAUUCAAGCCAGACAUCAGUGAAUAGAUAACUUGUGUGUGGGUGGUUUCAGACAUGAUUCUUUUUUCUCAGUUCUGAUAUGAAGAAUAUUUGUUUUAUAAAUGGAUUGUGUCAUGUAGGCAAUUUUCCUUUUUUGUUUUUCACCGCCCAAUUUUCAAUCAGUCUCUAAUCUUGUUCACUCUUUGUUUUCCUACCACUUUACACAUGAUAAAUAUAUGCAUAUAUAUAAAUAAAUAUAUAUAUAUAUAUUCUGUUGGACCUAUAAGGUGCUUCUUGUUAUUGAGAUACUAUUUUAUGUAUAGAAGUAUUUUCAAUACAGUGCAACUCAGAGAUGAGCGGAAAUUCUGUUUGAUUUAUUAAACAAUGAUUUGUAUUCAUUGGGA